UUCUGAAACUCUAAAUACCCCACACCGCUCUCCAUUCUCCAACCACCUCUUUCUCAUUUGCGUAACCGUAAGCACAAGUUCAUUAUUUCACCCCAAUUCACAUGCAAUUUCACUUUCUUUUCUACCCUUUUUGUCUUCUCAUUUGGUUUCAUCUUAUUUCCAUGCUUAAUUGCUUCCUCUUACCUCUAUAAUAAUAAUAAGUUACCAACACAAACACAAAACUACUCCACCAUGUGCCAACCCUGACACAUUCCAACCCCACCCUCUCCCUCUCUUCUUCUUCUUCAUGACCCUCAACUAACUCUCUCCUUCUAUUCUCUUUCAUUCAUUCACCACCACCACUUCUUCCAUUCUCUCCUCGUUACUUUCAUUCCCAUGGUUACCGUCUAUCCUCAACCAUGCCCAGCUUCUCCUCUCUCUCUGGGUGUAUUGCUCGACUAUUCAACUCUGAAUCCCACAAUUCAAGCGGCUCCAACAGAGGAGAUAGUACUACCAGCAGCGAUACUGUGGCUGAUGACAAUCCUGUCGCAGGACCCGUGGAGUGUUACGCCUGCACGCAAGUAGGCGUGCCGGUGUUUCACUCCACCAGUUGCGACGGCUUUCACCAGCCACAAUGGGAGGCUUGUGCGGGAUCCUCCCUAGUCCCAAUCCAGAAUCGGUCUAAAAAAGCUCCGACUGUUCGGACAAGAAUUCAGUCGGGGCCUUUUGGACAAGUUCUGGACCCGAGGAGCAAGCGUGUGCAAGUAUGGAACCGGGCUCUAUUGCUAGCGCGUGGAGUGGCGCUGGCAAUUGACCCGUUGUUCUUCUACGCGCUCUCCAUUGGGAGGGAAGGGUCGCCGUGCCUUUACAUGGAUGGAGGCCUGGCGGCGAUGGUGACGGUGGUGCGGACGUGUGUGGACGCGGUGCAUCUAUUCCACGUGUGGCUGCAGUUCAAGGUGGCGUAUGUUUCGAGGGAGUCGAUGGUUGUCGGGUGCGGGAAGCUUGUAUGGGACGCGCGUGCAAUCGCGUCGCACUACCUGCGAUCGAUGAAGGGGUUUUGGUUCGAUGCCUUUGUAAUUCUGCCAGUUCCGCAGGCUGUGUUUUGGUUGAUAGUACCAAAAUUGAUAAGAGAAGAGAAAAUCAAGGUCAUUAUGACCAUAUUGCUCUUAAUUUUCUUGUUCCAAUUUCUCCCUAAGGUUUACCAUAGCAUCUGCAUGAUGAGAAGAAUGCAGAAAGUCACAGGAUACAUCUUUGGAACCAUUUGGUGGGGUUUUGGCCUUAAUCUCAUAGCCUACUUCAUUGCUUCACAUGUAGCUGGAGGGUGCUGGUAUGUUCUUGCGAUUCAACGAGUGGCGUCGUGCAUCCGGCAACAAUGCGAAAGAACAAUGGGAUGCAACCUGUCUCUGUCCUGCUCUGAGGAGGUAUGCUACCAGUUUCUGUUGUCAUCAUCAGGGACAGUUGGAGGUUCAUGUAAUAAUGGAAAUGGAAACUCAACAACAGUUGUGGUUAGAAAGCCUUUGUGUUUAGAUGUUGAUGGCCCUUUCAGAUAUGGAAUCUACCAAUGGGCACUUCCUGUUAUUUCAAGCAAUUCUCUGGCUGUCAAGAUUCUGUAUCCCAUUUUUUGGGGUUUGAUGACACUUAGCACUUUUGGUAAUGAUCUUGAGCCAACAAGUAACUGGCUAGAAGUGAUUUUCAGUAUCUGCAUUGUACUCAGUGGAUUACUGCUAUUCACUUUGUUGAUUGGUAACAUUCAGGUGUUUUUGCAUGCUGUGAUGGCGAAGAAGAGAAAGAUGCAGCUGAGGUGUCGCGACAUGGAAUGGUGGAUGAGGAGGAGGCAGCUGCCUUCGCGAUUAAGGCAAAGAGUUCGCCAUUUCGAACGCCAGAGAUGGGCAGCAAUGGGAGGAGAAGAUGAGAUGGAAUUGAUCAAAGACUUGCCGGAGGGGCUAAGGCGAGACAUCAAGCGCUAUCUUUGCUACGACCUUAUUAAAAAGGUACCUCUGUUCCACAAUUUGGAUGAUCUUAUACUAGACAACAUAUGUGACAGGGUUAAGCCUCUAGUCUUCUCUAAAGAUGAAAAGAUAAUUAGAGAAGGUGAUCCAGUACCAAGGAUGGUGUUCAUCGUCCGAGGGCGAAUAAAGCGCAACCAAAGCCUCAGCAAAGGAAUGGUAGCAUCUAGCAUCCUUGAACCAGGAGGCUUUCUAGGGGAUGAGCUUCUUUCAUGGUGCCUUAGGCGGCCGUUCAUCGACCGGCUUCCGGCUUCCUCGGCCACAUUUGUGAGCCUUGAACCAACAGAAGCCUUUGGCCUUGAUUGCAAUCAUCUUAGGUACAUCACUGAUCACUUCAGAUACAAGUUUGCCAAUGAGAGGCUGAAGCGAACGGCGAGGUACUACUCAUCCAAUUGGAGAACUUGGGCUGCUGUCAACAUUCAAUUCGCCUGGCGGCGUUACAGGCAGAGGACUAGAGGUCCGGUGACCCCUGUAAGGGACAAUGGUGGCGGAGGCGGCACGGAGCGCAGGCUCUUGCAGUAUGCUGCAAUGUUCAUGUCAAUAAGGCCACAUGACCAUCUUGAAUGAGAGCUAUAUAUCUCAAUGUUGAUCAGAAUUUCCAGAGCUUUCAAGUUGGCAUAUAAGUCAUGGAAUUAUUCAUAAUAUGUAGAGAAGAAAUACAUGGAAAAUGGGCAUUUGCAUUUGGGAAAAACAAAUAAUAAAAAGGAUGAAUAAAGAUUUGCUAUGUUCUUUCAUUGUUUAUGUAGUUUUGCAAAUGAAGUUGUGUUGAGAAUUGUAAUCUUGGAUGAUUUACUUAAUGAAUGAUUUCUUUUUUCUUUUGUUCCAA